ACCUUAUAAAAUGUAUACUAAACUCCAUACCAGAAUUGUUAUUUUAAAACACCCGAACAUCACCCCUUGCUAUCUCUCUUCUCCGACCACUCUUUCUCCCUCUCAAAUCAUUACUGUUCGGCUGUUCCAUUGGAAAAACUUCACCAGAUCUAUCAUUUCUUUUGUCCCGUCAACAUACCCUUCAAGUGCUUGGAGUUGUAUUACUCCACAAACAAAACCACAGUGAGACUUGACUAUGUUUUUGACAAGCACUGUCCACCGCGCUCCUCUGCAUGCGAGUUUGUCCUCUCUAUCCCAAUUGAACUCCCAAAGUGUCUUUUCUGUGGAGUAUGCUGUAAAGUUGUUGAAAAGGUUAGCUGAUGAUGGGAACUUCAAAUUGGGAAAAGUUGUUCAUGCACUUCUUAUUGUAUCUAAUCAUGCCUCAGAAUACCACGUAAUUCAGAAUAAUUGUCUCAUUAAUCUCUACUCAAGGUGUGGAAAACUUGCUAUUGCUCUGCACGUAUUCAACAGAUUGCAGCAACGAAAUGUAGUUUCUUGGAGCACUUUAAUGACAGGAUAUUUGCACAAUGGGUUUACUUGGGAAGUACCCAAAUUGUUCAAAGACAUGGUUUCAGUGGAUAAUUUAUUUCCAAAUGAGUAUGUCUUGUCUACUGUACUUUCUUCUUGUUCUAGUUGUGGUUUGCUACACGAAGGGCGGCAGUGUCACGCAUUAGUGUUGAAAUCAGGAUUAGUAUUUCAUCAGUAUGUGAAAAAUGCUCUUCUAUCCUUUUAUACAAUGUCUUCAGAUAUGGAAGGGGUUCUGGAAAUCUUGAAGUCUGUUCCUGGAUCAAACAACAUUACUUAUAAUGCUGUACUGAAGGGGUUCUUGGAUCAUGGGUAUACAAAUGAAGCAUUGGAUGUCUUCUCAAGGAUGUUGUCUGAGGGCUCGCUGGGGGACAAAAUCAGCUAUGUGAAUAUAUUUUGUCUUUGUGCUCGUCUCAAGGAUUUGAAAUUGGGUCAGCAAGUUCAUUGCAGAAUGUUGAAGUCAGGUGUUCAGCUUGAUGUGUUUUUAAGCAGUGCAAUCAUGGACAUGUAUGGAAAGUGUGGUGAAAUUUUAGGUGCAAGAUAUAUCUUUUAUUCUUAUCCUGACCAUAAUGUGGUGUCUUGGACAACAAUCUUGGCUGCAAAUUUCCAAAAUGAGUGCUUUGAGGAAGCCCUGAAAAUGUUCUUACAAAUGGAACUUCAGGAUGUUGUGCCAAAUGAAUACACAUUUGCAGUAUUGUUGAAUACCUGUGCGGGUCUAUCAGCACUUGGGUGCGGGAAAACAUUACAUGCACGUGUUAAGAAGACAGGACAUGGACCUUUUGUCGUAGUGGGGAAUGCUCUGAUCAAUAUGUAUUUUAGGAGUGGCCAUAUUGAAGCCGCUAGGGCCUUAUUUUCAAGCAUGAUAUGUCGAGAUACUGUUACUUGGAAUUUGAUAAUAUCAGGUUUCUCUCAUCAUGGGCUUGGUGAGGAUGCAUUGUAUAUGUUUCAGGACAUGUUAGCUGCCAAAGAGAAACCAAGCUAUGUAACCUUUGUCGGCGUUCUUUUGGCUUGUGGACAUUUGGGUAGGAUAGAAGAAGGAUUUUACUACUUGCAGCAUCUAAUGAGGGACUUUGGCCUUGAACCUGGGUUGGAGCACUAUACCUGUGUUGUAGGGCUCCUAGGUAAAGCUGGAAAACUUGAUGAGGCUGAGAAGUUCAUGAGGUCGACGCCAAUCACAUGGGAUGUUAUUGCUUGGCGUACUUUGCUAAAUGCUUGUAACGUCCACCGCAAUUAUGGUUUAGGACAGAAAGUGGCAGACCAUUUGUUACAAUUGAACCCCAACGACGUGGGAACCUAUAUCUUGUUGUCCAAUAUGCAUGCCAAGGUGAAAAGGUGGGAUGGUGUAGCAAAGAUGCGGAAGUUAUUAAGAGAAAGGAACAUAAAGAAAGAACCAGGAUUGAGCUGGACUGAAAUAAGAAAUGAAACUCAUGUGUUUGUUUCUGAUGACACUCAACACCCAGAGACAGCUCAAAUCCAUGAGAAGGUGAGAAAAUUGUUGGCUGAAAUAAAACCAUUGGGUUAUGUUCCAGACACGGCUUCUGUCUUGCAUGAUGUUGAGCAAGAACAACAAGAGGGUUAUCUUAGUUACCACAGCGAAAAACUGGCUGUAGCAUAUGCUCUCAUGAAAACACCAUCCCAAGCACCAAUUCAUGUUAUUAAGAAUCUCAGGAUAUGUGAUGAUUGCCAUUCUGCUUUGAAGCUUAUCUCAAAGGUCACAAUGAGAGUGAUAAUUGUAAGAGAUGUCAAUCGGUUCCAUAGUUUUCAAUAUGGGUCCUGUUCAUGUGCAGAUUAUUGGUGAAACACCACAAGAUUGACAUAUAGUUUCCUCAAGGUGUCAAAGGAUAUAUUUUCCUACUGCUACCUAGUAUUGGUAAACAAAUUCACAUAAUCAUAUCUCAGCCAACCAGAGGUAGUGAGCUUAAAUAAAGCUUUUUUGACCAUCAAUGAUGUAAUUUUCUGAAAUAGUCAUUUAUCAUGUAAUAAGUUUGUUUCUAGCUUCCAAUAUACUGGCCCAUUUUUUGAUAAUUGAGAAAUCCUCAAGGGCCAGUGCCCCACGGACCACGGUUCAAAACUUGGUGGAGUAUCUACUUCAGUUAUUUGUACUUCGUUAGUAUCUACAUCUUCCAUGUGUGUGAUCCUUUGAUCCCUCAAGUUCUAAUAUUUUGAAAAUCUCAUAAUGUUCAGAAAUCUGCCUAGGAGAAAAGUGUGCAUGAGGUCCUCGGAGUACCAACUGUUAGUGCUCAGUUUGGAACAGAUCCAUUCUUGUGGAAUUGGGGAAUGAUUGCUAUGCGAAAUUUACUUCCUCAAGAUGGUCUCUCAACUUGAUACUUGCUGUCUCAUUUUUGGAUGCUCAAAUCCUAUUUGUAAAGGGAUCCCCCCAAGGUCCAACUUUUAAAAGUAUAUAUCACAUGCUCAAUAGGUGUUGCAAUCACACAGUACAAAUUCUGCAGGAUUUCCUGAGGAAUAGAAGCAAAGUGUAACAGCUGGUUCAACUAUUCUAUCAAGUUGUUCGAGCUUUUGACGGAACAGCUGGAGAGGAAGUCUCAAUGCGAGUAGAUUUGGAAUGUUUAGAUGGACACAACAGAAUUGGCAUAUUUAAGGAUGGUAUUUUUGGUCAAAAGCUGCUAAGGAGGAGGCUACAAAGAAGACUAAUAAUAGGACAGAAACACUCCACUGUUUUCCCCUAUGUGAUAGAUGUAAACAAUGUAACACUUGCCAAUAAUUUGAUCCGUAUAAUGUUAUCUUUCUUGGUACCAGCUGAAACAA